AUGAUAAAACAAUAACUAUUGUAAAUUAGUUCAGCAGAUUCCUUUUUCAAUGAUCAUACUUCUUUAUAUUCGUUCCAUUCCAUUCAUCCUUUUGUUCCCUUAUACAAAGGUGAGUUCUAGAUUAGUUAUUAAAACAGAUUAGUAAUAAAAAAUUUGGCAUUAGGAUCAAAUUUCAUUAGAUUUGGUGAAGAUAAAUUUAUCAAUUUAAAGAAUGUUUGUAUGUAAAAAAUCAUACAUCCAAAAACAGGACUAUUUGGGAUCAAACUAUCAAAAAAUGGAGUGGAUUUAGAUAUUUUUGGCUUAUCAGACUAGUGGAUUGAAAUAAUGAAGAAAUAUACCAUACAGUUCGAUUUUAUAUAGAAGUAUUAACUUUUAAAUAAACUGGGAGAGGGAUAUUCAACAAUUGUCUAUAGAGCAAGAAACAAAUUGACAAAGUAUGAGUAUGCAGUCAAAGUAUUUGAUAAGAAGAGGUUACUAAUAAAUAAAUUUGAAGCUAAAAAGUUCUUAAAAGAAUUGAAGAUAAUCCGCUGCUUGGAUAACCAAAAUCUAUUGAAGAUCUAUGAAGUCUAUGAGAGCAAUAAUCAUAUAUACUUAAUUUUGGAAUUAUUCAAGGGUGAAAAACUUGCUACCAUUACUGAAAAAUAAUAGGCUCUUUCAGAAUAAGAAAUUUUGAUAAUAAUGAAACCUCUAUUCCAAGCUGUAUCGUACUUGCAUGAUCUCAACAUAUUUCAUAAAUAGAUUAGUACUUAAAGCAUUAUUUUUAAAAAUAAGAAUGACUUCUCAAAUCCUUGUUUAAUCGAUUUUAACUAGGCUGUUUAAAUUAAUGAAGGAGAUCAGAAAGAUGAAUAAACAAUACCACUGAAUCCAGAGAAAUAAAUUCUAUAUUAUAUUAAAUUUGAUGUUCUAUCUUUGGGAAUAGUGAUGCACAAUUUGCUGACAGGGAAAUAGUUUUAGGUAAAUCAAGUAAUUGAUGAUGCUAUGAUGAAUAAAUUCAGAGGAGCUGAAGAUUUAUAAUUUAUAGAUCCUCCUUUGUCAGAUUUGUGUUUCGAUUUCUUAAAUUCAAUUUUUUAUUAAGGGUUAAAAACUAAAACUUGCAAGCAAUUAUUGGCUCAUCCAAUAUUUGAUCAAGAAAAUCAAAAAACCUAAAGAAAUUUAGGCAUUCAAUUAAUAGGAAUUUUGAAUCAAAACUCAAGUAGAUUUAGGAUAAACUCUAAAUAAUCUCAAAGAUCUCCAAAGACUAUAAAAGUGAUUUCUCUAAAGAAAGACUUCAAUAUAUUUUCCAAAAGUCCAUCUGAAAAACCUCCUAAUCUUAAUAAUGAUUACUUUGAACCUCCUUAAUCUCAUCUAAUGUUCAGACGAGGCAGUAGACAAAAAAGAACCUUGAAUUUUAAUAAUCAUAAUGAAAUUAGUAGUUGA